AUGCUUAUUUAUUUAAAAUUAGUUCGGUAUGUAAAAGAAAUGAGUAAACGUGUAACACCUAUUAAUGUAUUAGCUCGUGCAGAAAAAGAAUUAAGGAUGGUUCAACGUACAGUUAUACUUGUAAUAAUGUUAUUAGCAUUUGGUAUUCCAUAUACAAUAAUUCUUAUCAUGUCAUUUUUCACCAAUCCACCAAAAUAUCAUUCUCGUAUUGCUUUUGUAUUUAUCGAUGUAUCAUUAGUAUUUGUAAUGAUUGCUUUAUUUAAGUUUACUGAUCCACUUCGAACAUCUCUUAUGAGAAGAGUCAAUGGACGAAUAAAUACGGUAGUAGCAACAAUGACAUAA